AUGGAAACCUUACUACAAUUCUCAAAAGUAGAGAUUUUCUUUCGCUUUCAUGAGAUAUAUCUUGGUUCUCCAUGGUUACAACGGAUGAUUCCAAAUUCAAUCUCUUCACCAUGGAUGUUCUCGUUUCUCAUCCUUUUUAUGUGUUCUUGGCAAACACCCAUCAAGAUGGUUCUCCUUGGCAAGAACAAGUUUGGUUUUGUCAACUGUUCCAUCCAUGAGCUUCCGAUGGAAAAUCCCAAUCAUGUUGCCCAGCAUUGCAACAACAUCAUUGCUUCAAGGAUCUUGAAUUCUCUAACAAAGGAAAUGCAAACAAAUGCUCUUCACUAUUCCACAGCAAUGACUAUAUGA